GCAACAAAGAUAUUGCAAGACUUCUCAUCCAACAUGGCGCUAAUGUUUAUGCACAGGACAAACUUAAAUGGACGCCACUCCAUGUAACUGCAAUACAUGGUAAAUACGAUGUGGCUGACAUUCUCAUUCAAAAUGGAACACAUAUUGAUGCACGAGAUACUUUGAAAUGUACGCCUCUCCAUUACACUGCCAUAAAUGGCCAUAAGGAUGUGGCUGAGCUUCUAAUUCAACACCAGGCUAAAGUUAAUGCAGAGGAAAUAAAUAAAUGGACACCGCUACAUUCUACUGGAAAAUUUGGUCAUCGGGAUGUAGCUGAGCUUCUUAUCCUUAACGGGGCCAAUAUAAGUGCAGAAGAGAGUAUAGACCAAUGGACACCUCUCCACUUAGCUGUGCAAAACGGCAACAAGCAUGUGGUUGAUCUAUUCAUUCAAAAAAGUGCUAAUGUAAACGCAAUAGAUAAAGACGAACAAACGCCGUUACAUUUAGCUGCCAAGAAAGGUGAAACGAUUAUUGGCGAGCUUCUCAUCGAGCAUGGCGCAAAUGUAGAUGCGGAGAAUAUACAAAAAAGAACGCCGCUACAUUUCGCCACAGAAAAAGGUAAUAAAAAUGUGGUUGACCUCCUUAUCCAAAACGGGGCCAACGUUAGUGCAGAAACAACAGAUAAAUGGACGCCUCUCCAUAUCGCUGCAAAAUUUGGGAGUAAAGAUGUUGCUAACCUUCUUAUCAAACAAAAAACUGACAUCAAUGCAGAAAAUAUAGAUAAAUGGACGCCUCUUCAUAUUACUGCCAAAUUUGGUAAUAAAGAUAUGGCUGAGCUUCUGAUUCAAAGCGGUGCCAAUAUUGAAGCAGAAGAUAAAAAUCAAUGGACACCUCUGCAUGUUGCAGCAAAAAAUGGUUUCAACGAUAUUGCCGAACUUCUCAUCGAAGAACAUACAGCGAAUAUCAAUGCCAAAACUAAAGAUGAUCAGCGGACAGCUCUCCAUAUAGCGUCACAGUUUGGUAAAGAAAGUAUGGUCAAGCUUCUCAUCUGGCACAAUGUUGAUGUUAAUGCAAAGGACGUAAAUGAACAAACUCCACUCUAUUUAGCCUUACAAAAUGGCAAUGUAGAGGUAAUUAAAUUGUUGCUUAAAAAUGGAGCAUAUAAAAAUAUCAAGGAUAAAGAUGAAAAAUCGCCUGAAGGCAUUGCUACAAGAUUGGGUAAUCCAAGAAUUGUUAAUUUAUUCAAAGAAUUUGGUCUUCUUUGGUCAUAUUAAUAAAAUCAAAUGCAGAUGACCCAAAAUACGUUUAAUACGUGGAAUUUUUUUACAUUUAUACAAUCAGAAGAAUCAUUCUUUUCGAAACUAUGUACCGAUUAAAAAAAUAUUUGACUUUUUCAUAAUGAGAGAAACAUUUUCCCCUAUUUUUCAAGUGUAAAAAUAUUGUACUGUCGCCAUAGGUAGACAAUGACACCUCAAAUAAAUAAUAAUAAAAAAGUAAUGAGAUGCAAA